AUGUUCCACAGCUGUGUCACCUUUGCAGCAUUCUCAUGCAUAAUGGACGGUCUCAGCAAGCAGCAGGCAGCAAUGGCACUCACACUUGAUGAGAAAUCUCCAACUUUCAAGUAUCAGGAGGGCGGUGGCAUCCCACCGUUCACUCUUCCGCCGCUUCUGGAUGCUUUGGAUCCUUUAGGUUCAUUCUGCCAGACCCUUAUCAAGCCUAAGCACUAG